ACUGCCGCACCUGCGCAGCCAUCUUGUACUUCGAGCGAGGGGCAGAUCGGAAGGAAGGAAGAAAGCAGAACAAAAUAACAGUGUUUUGCGUUAUAUGGCCAGUAAUGUCCGUCAAGUGACUGAAUCAAACGAGAAGACAGUGUCGAGGUGUGAUUGGAGGGGGUAAAUCAGAGAAAGCGGCCCCAGUUUCUCGGUAUUCCAGACGUACAAGUCAUCCUCUUCAUCAUUAUCGCGUCUGCUCGCAGAGAAAAGAGUCCGAUCUCCUGCUGAACACAACGACAACGACAAAAACACACCAUGAAUCCAGAAUACGACUACCUUUUCAAACUGCUCCUCAUCGGCGACUCUGGAGUUGGAAAGUCAUGUCUUCUGUUGAGAUUUGCUGAUGACACAUACACUGAGAGCUACAUCAGCACCAUAGGCGUGGAUUUCAAAAUCCGCACGAUUGAACUUGAUGGCAAAACCAUUAAGCUACAGAUUUGGGACACUGCAGGGCAAGAACGAUUUCGAACCAUCACCUCCAGUUACUAUCGAGGGGCUCACGGUAUCAUUGUGGUUUAUGAUGUCACGGAUCAGGAAUCAUAUAACAAUGUGAAACAGUGGCUACAGGAAAUAGACCGCUAUGCAAGCGAGAAUGUCAACAAGCUUCUGGUGGGGAACAAAUGUGAUCUCACCACCAAGAAAGUAGUGGACUACACAACAGCCAAGGAAUUUGCCGACUCUUUAGCGAUCCCCUUCCUUGAGACGAGCGCUAAGAAUGCCACAAACGUGGAGCAGGCCUUCAUGACGAUGGCUGCCGAGAUCAAGAAGCGCAUGGGCCCUGGAGCCACAACUGGAGGAGACAAGCCCAACCUGAAGAUCGAGAGCACUCCUGUGCGGCAGUCUGGCGGCGGCUGCUGUUGAAGAGCCCGAGCACACACACACACACGCACACAAAACCAUCCCUUUCCCCCUCAAACACAUUUUCUCACACACACCAAAAAAAACAGCAUUCUCACGGGAGGAACCACUGCAUUAAGAGCCAACGUCUAACAGCCUUAUGGCUUCAUUUAUGACAUCAUAGUCUUCUUGUUUUUAUUAUUAUCCCCUUUUGUAAGACACCUCACCGCCCUGUGCACACGAAUAACCCCGCCCACAUCCAGAGUACCAAAAGUGGAACUUUGGUACAGUCAUAUGUCCAUGUAUAGAUGUCUAUAAUGAGGGGCGAUCCUCAAAUCGUCCUUGUAAACGACUAGCGAGGGUAAACCUCUCUCUCUAGUGUUUCUAAAUCUCUCCCACAUUGUCACUUGAAUGAGGUUUUGUGUGCGAAAGCAUGGCUUCUGAGGCUGAAUCGACAGGAAGUCAACCGCAUACAAAGUCGGCAAUAUUCUCUACUUGUUCACAUCCUACUAGUAUAUUAUUGUUCCUAUGGUGAUUUUUAAGACAGAUUUGUUUUUGUUGUUUUCUUUAGGUUUUUGUUUUUCUAAUGAAGGCUUAUUGUAUAAAGGCUUACUGCUGUCAAUGGCAUUGUUGGUUGGGGAACGAUACAGAUAGAGUUGGGGUUUUGAUCAUAAUCAGGAUUACGGGGGUCUAGGCUUGAACGCUACUGUUCCCUCUAUUACCUCAACGACCUCUGCUACUUUUGAGUGUUCGGCCAUCACAAGUUGAACACCAUCUUGACUCGCGUUGAGGUCGUUUCCUCCUGUGGUCUCAGCAGUUUUGUGGCUUCGGUUUGUGUGCAAUUUAACCAUCACAUUGAGCCAGACUUCGAUUAAAGCCAACCCGUAGUUCUCGCUGCUGCCAAAAUAUGGUCCAUCAUGCAUUGCGUGUGCUUUGUGUUUAUUUACAUACGGUGAGCAUAUUUGUAAAGGGCCUUAAUUUCGAAAGUCAGUUCAGUGUGCUGUGUGUGUGUGUGUGGGAAUAUUGUGUAUUACAUCUAGGAGUAUUGGGAUUGACUGGUCCAGUGUCGCAGACCGGAUAUGACCUCCCAUGUUCUUGAAUGGAAAAAUAUCCGUACACGUAGAUUAUAGCUUUCCAAUCUACCCACUGAUGGACCUUUCUCAAAAUAAGGGUGUCAUUCAGAUGUUGCAAGAUGGAUCCUACAUGGUUCGACCUCUUUGACCUGUUUUUGAUCUGGCCGUUUUAUCAUGUACAACGUGGAUCUAGAAAAUGUUGAUAGUUUGUGAACUUCACUAGUAUUAGUGCGUCACUCUGUCUUAAAUAGGAUAGUCUUGCCAUCGUGACAUUACUUUCACUCACAAAGCCAGUGUAAUUGUUCUCACACCUCUAACAUAAGCGCACAUUCUCAUCACUAAUGUGGUGUGGUGGAUUUGCUUGUACGUUUUGUAAGUGGACUGGUAUUGUGGGGUUGGAGGGAGCAGUAGCAGGGAUAUGGGUGCGCGUGCAAUGGCUGGGACGGGGCAAAUGCAGAAACUGCGUUUGGGAACAUUCCUUUGAUUUUUAAAAAACGGGGCCGUUGUGGAUUCAUCUGCGUGAAAAUAAUCAGUAUAUGAAAGUCUCAUUUAAACCCUGCGCUCAUUCACACUAAACAAGUGCUUUUUUUGGAUGCAUUCUGUUCUCUCAGAUUGAUUGCUGUCUUUUGAUCUAUGAAUUUACGCUUUUGUGGUAAUGUGUUGGGUUAGAGGAACGAUGAAGGGUUAUGGGGUUGGGUUGGGGGGGUCGUUGCUUAUGAAUGUGCGUCUUCAUUUUUACUUUUUACCCAUGUCAUUUGCACAUCUCAGUUAUUUGAAUUAAGACACGGCGAUGGUAAAAUGGCAAGCAGCUCUUUAGUAGUUUCCCUGUCUAAUAUACACGCUCUUUCUCUAUCCCCCCUUUUGCUUGCUCAUCCCAGUGCUGUUUCAUAGCUGGGUUUGAUCUCGUUUUCUCUUCUCUGUACAUAUUAUAAAUAUAUAUAAUAAAAUGAUCAACAUGAGACUUAAA